AUGUUGCGAGCUGCGCUGCUGUUGGCGUUGAGCUCCUCAGUUCUGGCCGUGUUUGAGUGUUCUAAUCAAGAAACAACAGCAUUCGUGCGUAUCGCUAGAGCUCGACUUGAUGGAACUCCUGUGGUCGUAUCCACCGCCGGCCACGAUCUCACAUGCGCUCAGUACUGUCGGAACAACAUUGAGCCCACUACUGGUGCUCAGCGAGUUUGCGCAGCGUUUAACUUUGACGGGCGUGAGACUUGCUAUUUCUUCGACGAUGCCGCUUCUCCAGCUGGAACCAGCCAAUUAACUGCAAAUCCGUCAGCAAAUAACUUUUACUACGAAAAAACCUGCCUACCCGGCGUUUCUGCUCAUGAAGCAUGCACCUACCGGUCAUUCUCUUUCGAGAGGAUGAGGAAAACCGUCUUGGAAGGAUUCGUCAGAAAGAGUGUUCAGGUAGCUAAUCGUGAGCAGUGCUUGUCCGCUUGUCUAAAGGAGAAGGAGUUCGUCUGCCGUUCCGUCAACUACAAUUAUGAUUCCUUCCUCUGUGAAUUGAGUACAGAGGAUAGAAGCAUUCACUGUUUACUGCCUUAUCCUCCUUUCCUGAAAACUUUUGAGAUCAAGAAAAAGGUAAUCAUCUUCCAGGUAGCUAAUCGUGAGCAGUGCUUGUCCGCUUGUCUAAAGGAGAAGGAGUUCGUCUGCCGUUCCGUCAACUACAAUUAUGAUUCCUUCCUCUGUGAAUUGAGUACAGAGGAUAGAAGAUCGAAACCGACACAUCUUCGUAUGGCCGAGGGUGCCGUCGACUACUACGACAACAACUGCCUUUCUCGUCAGAACCGAUGUGGUCCGUCUGGUGGGAACCUUGUGUUCGUGAAAACUACUAACUUUGAGAUUCGAUUCUAUGAUCAUACGCAGUCCGUGGAAGCUCAGGAGUCGUACUGCCUUCAGAAAUGCCUCGACUCUCUCAAUACCUUCUGCCGAUCAGUCGAAUUCAAUCCAACAGAGAAAAACUGCAUUGUCUCGGACGAGGACACAUUUUCUCGAGCCGAUCAACAGGGCCAGGUGGUCGGCAAGGACUACUAUGAACCUAUUUGUGUUGCAGCGGACCUAUCUUCUUCCACCUGUCGACAACAGGCUGCGUUCGAGCGAUUCAUUGGCUCGUCGAUCGAGGGCGAGAUAGUCGCAUCGGCUCAAGGAGUGACAAUCGCUGACUGCAUUUCGCUCUGCUUCCAGAACCUCAAUUGCAAGAGCAUUAACUUUGACAGAACUGGCUCCACCUGCUUCAUUUAUGCUGUAGGACGUAGUGAUGCUAAUGUUAAGGCAAAUCCAGCUAUGGACUACUAUGAAUUCAAUUGCGAGUCGCAAUUCGGAGGAAUGGCACUUUGCACCAACGAGGGCAUCCGAUUCAUUGUUAACACUAAAGAGCCAUAUACCGGAGCCAUUUACGCGGCUGAAAGAUUCUCGACUUGCUCUCAGGUGAUCACUUUAUUCGGGAACAAUCCUAAUCUGAGCUUUUGGGCUAAUUUCAAAUCCAAUGAGCUUGCUAUGCUACUUGCUAUGAAUAUUUUGAGAUGUCUACAAUACACUUUCUGA